CUAAAAUGCAAUCUGGCAACCCGCAUGGCCGCAUGAGAGUUAAAAAUCAAGACCUGUGGGUCCUGUGCACAAUUUACUAAGUUUUAAGGUUUUUAUAAUAUAGCUGAAAAUGGCUAUGACAGUUAAAACGUUGGAUGAAGAUCUGAUUACUUGUCAAAUUUGUUUUUACGAAUUUGACGAGGAGACUAAGAAGCCCAAAUUCCUCCAAUGUUUCCACACCAUUUGCCACGAGUGCUUCCAGAUUUUACGUCGCUGGGACACUAUCACGUGCCCUUUCUGUCGGACGUGCACACCCAAAAACAGCAGCAAUGGAGUGAUGUGGAUUCUGCCAACCAAUCAAUAUGUUCUAGAAUUGCUCAGACUGAACAGAACUGAAUCGAAUACUGUGUUGUGUUCUGUACCAAUGAGAAAACCAGUGGACCGGGUGGACCAACAAUUGAUGCUAGCACCAAACAUAAUAAAUAGUAGAGAGAUAGACGAAACAACAUCAGUAGCCACUGUCAUCCCAAACAAGGAGAUAGCAGCAGAUGACGAUGAACAAUUGAGGCUUGCACUGGAAAUAAGUAAUUUACAGAUGGAACAGGAAGCCUUGAAGGAAGCCAUUUUCCUAAGAUUAUUGAACCAGCAGCAGAGAGUCAGGCGGAGCCGUGACGGUCCUAAGCUGAGGCAUUGGAACUCAAAAAAGAAUCGGGACCCACAAACCACCGGUCUUGAUUCAGCCAAUGACGUGCCGUAUGUAGUAGUUCUCUUUGGUACAUUUAUAACUUUUUUAAGGGCUACUUUAUUGUGCCUUUUUACUAUUUUGCCAAUUGUUUACGUUCUUUUUGUAGCGUUUAGCAUUGCCAUCAGCAAUUGAAUCUCAAAUUCUUGGUUGUUUUAAUGUCGGGAGGAAUUUCAAAUCAAACUCGUAACGACCUCACCAUGCCACUAGCUAGCAGUCUAGCACAUUGUAAAAGCUAUGUAAUUUCCCCUGACAUCGUUAUUUUAAAAGAAACAUGAAAAUGUCAACGAGGUGACAUUUUUUUUGUUGAAAUAGCGAUUGGAACUCUGUAGUAUUGUUAAACAUCACUAUACUGGGGAUAUUUAUUCUGUUUAAAUCUGUGACCUGUUUCUUCCUGCUUGUUAAACAUAUUUUUAAAUUUAGAAAAUUGGCUUUGGUCGUCCCAUCAUGUUAUCUUCCAAUUCUCCAUUUUCCUUAGAAGGGUGAGCGUAUUUCUCAAAUAUGAUGUUUGAUUUUGUAAUUAUUGGAAGAAUAAUCAAUCAACGAAAA